GUAAAAUGAAUCUUUUAAUGACAGAUUUUACUCCCAACUCUUGUAAUGCUGUUGUUGAUUGCUGUGAGGAGUAAAUCUGAUAUCCGCAUCCACCCAGCUCAGCCGUAUAUCCGGAAAGGGAUAGGGAUGUUUGUGGAAGUUGGGAAAGGUGAUACUUCUCCCCCUUUCAACCAAGUUCUGGAGCGACUAUUGGCCAAGGGGGAGUACUUGGCAUUUGUACCUAAUACAACUGAGACAAGGAUGAUGAUCAACAUUUUGUCUCUAAAAUUUCCCCUACUGAGGCUAGUUACCAGAGUUUACGAAGACGAAGAAGCACUUGAAACAUAUAUCCGUUCUGAUCUUUAUGCUGCUUAUGACCAAACUAAGAACCUUACAAGCCCCAAAAUCAAAGGAGCAGUGGUAUUUCAUGAGCAAGGUCCUCAGUCAUUUGAUUAUAGCAUACGCCUAAACCAUACCUGGGCUUUCUCAGGAUUUCCUGAUGUUAAAAACAUAAUGGACACAAAUGGUCCGUUCCUGAAUGACUUGUCAUUAGGUGUCAAUACCAUACCAAUUUUGCAAUAUGGUCUCAGUGGGUUUUUAACACUCCAACAAGUCAUGGACUCAUUCAUAAUAUAUGCAGCUCAAGAAACUAUGACGAACUUAUUGAGGUUGCCUAGCCACUCUCUUGAUAGAGAUGCCCAGCUCAAGAUACCUUGGACUCAGUUUAGUCCUUCAAAUAUAAGACUUGCUCCUUUUCCGACUCGUGAAUAUACUGAUAAUGAAUUCCAGUCCAUUGUCAAGAAAGUCAUGGGAGUGCUGUACUUGCUGGGGUUUCUUUAUCCGAUUUCUCGUCUGAUAAGUUAUUCUGUCUUAGAAAAGGAGCUCAAGAUUAAAGAGGGUCUUUACAUGAUGGGUUUGAAAGAUGAAAUAUUCCAUCUAUCUUGGUUUAUAACAUAUGCUAUUCAGUUUGCUCUUUCUUCUGCGAUACUUACACUGUGCACCAUGAGUACCCUGUUUCAAUACAGUGAUAAGACGUUGGUGUUUGCGUACUUCCUUUCCUUUGGUCUCAGUGGAAUAACUCUGUCAUUUAUGAUUUCCACCUUCUUCACAAGAGCAAAAACUGCGGUAGCUGUCGGGACCCUUUCUUUCCUUGGGGCAUUCUUUCCCUAUUAUACUGUCAACGACGAAACAGUCUCCAUGAUAGUGAAAGUGACUGCUUCUUUUCUUUCACCUACGGCCUUUGCAUUAGGAUCCAUCAAUUUUGCUGACUAUGAACGUGCUCAUGUCGGACUCCGUUGGAGUAACAUGUGGCGGGAAUCUUCAGGAGUUUGCUUUUUGGUCUCUCUCCUCAUGAUGUUACUUGACAGUUUGUUGUACUUUGCAGUUGGUCUGUAUUUUGAUAAGGUCCUCCACAAGGAGAAUGGAUUUUGUUACCCAAUACGUUCCCUGCUUCACAAGUGCUUUGGGAGGAAGAAAAAUACCAGUGAUGAUUAUGCAUCCACCUCAGAAGUCAAAUUCGCUGAGAAUCAUGAUGAAACAAGUGGCACCGAUUUUAUAAAAGAUGUAUCUGGACCAAUUCUAGAAGCAAUGAGCUUGGAGAUGAAGCAGCAAGAAUUAGAUGGAAGAUGUAUUCAGAUCAGGAAUCUGCGAAAGGUGUAUGCUACAAACAGGGGAAAUUGUUGUGCUGUUAAUUCUUUACAACUGACUUUGUACGAGAAUCAGAUUCUGGCACUAUUAGGACACAACGGGGCUGGUAAAAGCAGUACAAUAUCCAUGCUUGUUGGUCUCGUUUCUCCUACUUCUGGAGAUGCUCUGGUGUUGGGAAAGAACAUCUUAACUGACAUGGAUGAAAUACGGAAGAGUCUGGGAGUCUGCCCUCAGUAUGAUAUUCUUUUUCCUGAAUUAACUGUGAAGGAACAUUUAGAAAUUUUCGCUGAUGUAAAGGGUGUUCCAGAAGACGCUAAAGAAAAAGCUGUGACUGAAAUGGUUGAUGAAGUUGGGUUGGCAGACAAACUUAAUACUGUUGUCAAAGCUCUUUCUGGAGGUAUGAAAAGGAAGUUGUCCCUUGGGAUAGCUCUUAUAGGAAACAGUAAGGUUAUUAUUCUUGAUGAACCGACAAGUGGAAUGGAUCCAUACUCUAUGCGGUUAACUUGGCAGCUGAUUAAAAGAAAAAAGAAGGGAAGAAUCAUAUUACUCACAACACACUCCAUGGAUGAAGCUGAUGUGCUAGGAGAUCGGAUUGCUAUCAUGGCAAAUGGAUCUCUAAAGUGCUGUGGAAGUUCAAUCUUCUUGAAACAUCAGUAUGGGGUUGGUUACACUCUUACUCUGGUUAAGACUGCACCAGGUGCCUCAGUAGCUGCUGAUAUUGUUUACCGUCAUGUACCAUCUGCAACAUGCGUUAGCGAAGUACGCUUCUUUCUUCAACGUUUAAUUUUGCCCUUCCUUUUGCGUUCUAUUGCCCAUCCUAUAAUAGCUUGCAUAUUGGUCUGUUUUGACUGUGGAAUUUUGUCACGACCCAUUUUCUGAACAAGUCGGGACCGG